GCCGUCUGUUGACGGCUGAUUCCCGUGGUGCGGAGACGCGAGUGCUGUUAUGCGCAGACGCAGAGAUUCAUCCUUUGGGUAGGUGAGUGGCCUAUGCUGUGAGGCGGUGCUGUGACGUCAUCCAACCCCCCCCUCUCCCCCAAGCCAACAGCUGGGCAGCCAACCGCGCAGGCGCAGCAAACAAGUCUGGACAGAUCGCGAGCCGAGCGAGUCAGUCCAAGGUGCAGCGCCCCUCUCCGGAUUGCAGCUCUGCCCACGGGAGACCUCCAGCAAGCAAUCAACAUCCCAGCAACCCCUCCAAUGCACCAAGACAGACAGAUAGACGCAGUCAUUCGCACUUCAUGCCAGCCUCGCAAAACCAAAAAAAAACACACAAACCGAGCCAGGAGGAUGGUUUACUGACAUCGCUCCACCUUCUCCAACUCUUGAAAUACUCUCGGCAGAGAGACCUGUCACUAUAACAGGUUCGGAAACUGACAAAACGAGCCAGCUCCAAUUCAUUAUUGUCACUGUUAUUCUAAAUAGUACGGAAGGAGAAAAAGAUAUUAAGUGGGCGCCAUGGCUAAUAACGACGAACUUGCCAAUGCAGCUGCUCAAGGGAACUAUGACAAGGUGAAAGAAUUGUUGCAUAAUGGAGCAGACGUCGAUGGGAUCAAUAGUUUUGGUAGGACCCCCUUACAGGUAAUGAAAAUGGGCUGUCCGGAGCUUUGUCGCCUUCUUCUGCAACACGGAGCAGAUCCUAACCGGCAGGAUAAUCAACAAAUUGCAUUGAUCCAUGAUGUUGCCAGGGAGGGUUUCCUGGACACGUUGAAAGUUUUGAUCGAAGUCGGGAAUGCUGACGCGAAUCUCCGGGACAAAAACAACCACCGACCCAUCGAUCUGGCAAAGCAACACGGCCAUCUGGAUGUUGUGAACUAUCUAGGUAACCUAAAUCCAGCAGAUUGAGUGGCUGUGUUCUCAUUGGGAGACAUACCACCUUCAUUUUAGAUUGGAUUUUUAUAAAUACACUCGUUUCCACGGACUUUUUUUAAAAAAGAACAAAUACCAAUAUUGCUGUAAAAUGUAAAAUAUAUAAAUAAAAUAUGGUAAAUACAAA